CGGUGUGCCCCGCGCGGAGCCAGCCGGUGCGCAGGCGCAGUGCACUGGAGGCGGGAGAGAUCCAGCUCACGGUGGGUGCGAGUGCAGGGAAGCCAUGUCCCAGCCCGGCUCUGCUUGCCAGCCGCCGCCUGACGUUGACACAGAUGACUGUCUCCAGGACUAUUCCUACCUCUUCAGCCCGGAUAUCCUCAAGGGCAAAGUUGCGUUCAUCACUGGAGGCGGCUCUGGGAUUGGAUUCCGUGUAGCAGAGGUUUUCAUGAGGCAUGGCUGCUGUACAAUCAUUGCCAGCAGGAACUUGCAGAGAGUAGCUGAGGCUGCCAAGAAGCUGGAGGCUGCCACUAGUCAGCGAUGCCUGCCUCUUUCUCUAGACGUCCGGCAGCCCCAAACCAUCAUGGCCGCGGUGGACGAGGCUGUGAAAGAGUUUGAACGAAUUGACAUCCUCGUUAACAAUGCUGCUGGUAACUUCCUGUGCCCGGCCAGCGCUCUGUCCUUCAAUGCCUAUAAGACAGUGAUCGACAUUGACACCCUCGGUACCUUCAAUGUCUCCAAAGUGCUCUAUGAGAAAUGCUUGAGGGACCAUGGCGGGGUUAUAGUUAACAUCACAGCGACCUUGAGCUACAGAGGGCAGGUUCUCCAGGUGCAUGCCGGGACGGCCAAGGCGGCUGUAGAUGCAAUGACCAGGCACCUGGCAGUGGAGUGGGGGCCCAACAACAUCCGUGUCAACAGCCUGGCACCAGGCCCCAUUGCGGGCACUGAGGGAUACCGGCGGCUCGGUGGCGCUCAUGCAGAAGCGGACAGCUACUUCGAUACAGUGCCCCUCCAUAGGGCAGGGAAUAAGACGGAGAUUGCCCACAGUGUGCUGUACUUGGCGAGCCCCUUGGCAUCCUAUGUGACUGGCACAACCCUGGUGGUUGAUGGGGGGAGCUGGCUGACCUCUCCUAACAACUUCCCCGCACUGUUGGGUAUUGCAUCACACUCUGCUAAGCUCUAGAUCAUUGGGCCAUGGAAGUGAAGAAAGACAAAUGAUGGACGACCAGGGAUUGACAGACAGGACACUGAGCAAACACUACGGCUUUGGACAUCCCUAUGACACAGGGUCAGGGGCCAGCCAUGACCUCUGGCCAUCAGCCGUUGGGAUCACCUCACUGGGGCAAAAGUGAAAAUGGCAAAGUUGAAGAUUCAGUGUGCACAGACAAGAUGGAGUCAGGAGGCUGAUGGCAGAACCAGGAAAAGAACCAAGAUCUCCUGAC